UCAGGAGGAGAUGGCAAUGUACUCCAACGCCUGUUCUUCCACUGUUUAUCUUGAUAUAGGUGGAACGAAAUUCCGCACAACCGUUGAUACACUAACUCAUAGGGAGCCCCAAUCAAUGCUUGCUGCCAUGUUCAGUGGUCACCACACUGUUUGCAAGGAUGACAAGGGAUAUGUGUUUAUUGACAGGGAUGGGAAGCACUUUCGGCAUAUAUUGAAUUGGUUGAGAGAUGGUGUAGCUCCGGUUUCCAACCUGUCUGAUUUAGAGCGUGUAGAGCUUUUGCGGGAAGCGGAAUACUAUCAGCUUCUUGGACUGGUGGACAUGAUAAACGAGUUUUUGAAUAAGAAGAAGGAUGAGCAAACGCAUACUGACUUAACGCGCACUGAUAUUAUCAAAUGUGUACAAUAUGCCAAUGGCGGAUGUGUCAGAUUAAUGGGAGUAAAUCUCUCUGGGCUUGAUCUUUCGAAAUUGAAAUUGUCCAGUGUGGACUUCAGCUUUGCAUGCUUGAAAAAUGUUAUCUUCUCACGUGCUAAUCUUUGUCAUUCUAAAUUUCAGGAGGUAGAUGCUGAAAAGACCAUUUUUCACGAUGCAACAAUGAGCGAGUAAGAUUUUGCAAACCUAUUAUCUGUUCUUG